CCUGACACAAACCUCGUUUGGGAAACAUGGAGGCAUCAACAAUAUUUGCUCUUCUCUUCCUCAUCUCAGGAGCUCACAGUGCUUCCAGUAAUGAGUCCUGCAGCAAGCAUGAUAAGGUGACGUCAGACAGCAAACGUCAAGUACUUCACAGUUUCUCUCAUUCCACAUGUGGUUCAGGUGUCGUGACAGUUAAUACACUACAAAUUGGCCCUGAUCCUAUUGCACUUCCGGGUAGCAUUAAUCUUGCUUUCAAUGUGGAUGUCAAGCAAGAGUUGCAGUCACCGAUCAAGGUUCAUGUGACAGUAUGGAUGAAAAUCCUGUUUGUAUGGGUAAACGUGAGGGAAAUUUCUUAUGAUGCCGCGUGUGUUCUCCUGCAAGACCACAAAUGCCCUCAAGUCUUCGUUGACAACAACAUUCCCUGCAUGUGUCCGGUUACCACAGGUCAUUAUGUCCUUCAAGAUCCAACUUUCCUGUCCAAGUCCCGUCCAUUCCUGGUGGGGAUUACUGUGCCAGAUUUAAUGUAAACAUGGGCUCAUCAGCUGUGUUGUGUGAAGAUGUGUACUUCACAAUCGCAUAAAUUGUCACAAAUAAAAUGCCGGAGAAUAA